AUGGCUGACGACCUCCAGGAUCUGCUGGACAUUCCAGCAGAUCUUACUGUUGAGGCUUCUGUGGAAGCAUCAACCGCACGAUCAGGUCCCCGCAGACUCCCCAAGAAACGAACUAAGACCGGCUGUUUGACUUGUCGAAAGCGCCGGAUCAAGUGCGGCGAAGAGAAGCCAAUAUGCACCAACUGCGUGAAAUCCAAGCGAACCUGCGAGGGAUAUGCCCAGCGAGUCGUGUUCAAGAACCCCAUAGGCAUCUUCGGGUCUUUCAGUACUGGCCACGGCCCGGAUCCGCAGAUAGAGCAGCAGCAUAUGAGGGUGCCGAUAUACAACGACUAUGGCGCUCAACUCCCUCCCCAACAAGCGGCAGCCGCUGCUCAGCAUCCAAUGCUGGCUCCGCGACCUAUUGAUCCGAUAACAAUGGGAUAUCACUCAUUCCCAUCCCAAAUUUCUUCAUCGACUCAAGUCCAGCCGAUUCACGCACCUCCCUUCUAUUAUCCAGCGGCUCAAGUACAGCCGCCAAUCCAUAUAUGGCACACUCAGCCGAUGGCUCAAGCGGAGAGCAAGUUGGCCCCGCCAACUGUGACUGAUAUCUCUCAAGCACAGCAGUCAGUUCAGUCGGGUAAGACGAGCGCUCCACAUAGGCCCCAUGGAAGCGUGCAAAAUAUACCACAUAUCGCCAGUCCGAUCGGUCAGACAGCCGAAGAAUACGCCUCCAAUCUCUCUCCAGCUCUCAAUCCAAUGCCCGGAGGCAGGGAGAGGGAGAUCAAUACUGUUCCUCAGAUCACCCAGCCGCUCCCUACGAUAUAUCAUUAUCAGCCACUGCCAGGGCAGUUACGAUCUCAUGACCAGUUUAUACCCCAUCAGCCACAAGUGAUAUACAUGGAGAAUGAAAGCGAGGAUUAUUACGACGUGGACUCGGAUGAUGAGAUGGUGGAUCAAUCGCAUGCUGAAGGCUUCAACCAGUUGAGUCUCAUCAUGGCCUCUGCUAACCGCGAUGAGCGACAACUCCGCUCCUUCACGACUUACCUGAAUGAACCCAAUGUGCUGGCGUCAUAUCGCCCUACACUUGGCUCUUCUCCCCUGAACAACCCAAAGACCGCCCGUAUCUUUGCUCACUUCAUUCACUCGACUGGUCCAUCCUUGUCUAUAUUUGAACGACAUCCUACUGACUCAUCGAUUGUUUUGGGGGCAGCCGUCCCAUCCGCACAGCAGGGUCUAUGGGUCUAUACACUUGCCCUCAAAGCUUUAGAGCAUCCGGCCCUCCUCCAGGCAAUAUUGGCGAUCAGCAGCUUACACAUUGCAUAUUUACAGCAAGUCCCCACGACAGUAUCUUUGAAGCACUAUCACUAUGCCCUGAAACGAGUUGGUUCUGCAGUCGGUCUUCCCCUCCGACGCAAGCAAGUCGGGACCCUGGCUGCCACGCUUUUACUGGGGUACUAUGAGGUGAUAUCUGCCGACCACUCGAAAUGGAAUAACCAUCUGGGUGGGUCCACCCAUCUGAUCCGAGAUAUCGACUUUGCCAAAACAACCAGAGACCUACGGGCCCAUCGAGGUAGAGCUCACGAGCAGCGACGCCAGUCGGGCUGGUCGAGCUCGUGGUGGGGAAUGCCUGGCGAUAUCUCUGAGGAUGACCCCUUCUCUGAGAAGGAGGACAGCGUCGACGAAGAUCUUAUAGGUACCAUUAUGGGACGAGGAGUCAAUUAUGACCAUUUUGGAUGCAUCAAUGAAGGGAGUCUGCCGCCUUCUAAGAAGCAUUUUACCCGUAAAGAUAUCGAGGUUUUCCGGAUUCAAUGCGAUCUGUACUGGUGGUAUGCAAAACAAGAUGCAUUCCAGAGUUUUAUCGGCGGAAACAAACUAUUAAUGCCAUACUCUCAAUGGGGUCAAUGUCCGCCUCGAGCAGGCAUUGGCCGUUUAGAUGCCAUCUACGGCUCUGCAGAUCAUCUAUGGCUGCUGCUUGCUCGAGUCACAGAUUUUGCCUUCCGUGAUCGCAAGCGAAAAUUGAGAACCUUGAAGGCAGGUGGGGUGGACUGGAGGCCAGGCCCUGAGAUGUUCCAAUUCAUGGGUCGGUUCGCUAGUGGCCCUCCUGGUCAAAGACCUGGACCACCUGGCGGCUUUGGUCCAGGCGCCCCUGGUCCUCCACCUGGCAUGCCUCGUAUGCAGCCUGAAGGGUAUCCCAGGGCCCCCUUUAUGGCAGAGCCUGCUGGGUCAUCUCCUGCUUCAAGCCCUGGACCGCCCUCGGCUGACAGUCCUCCAAUGUAUGGAAUGAUGCCGCCUCAGCCGCCCGCACGCCUUCCCUCGGGAUUCCAAGAUAGACCACCUGAUCCUCGUUCGUCACCAGACGAGGAUGACCCGGCUCACGACAUGAGUUACAAGGAAGCUGAACAAGAAUGGGAAGAGAUCCUGGUUGCUAUGGAUAUAUUCUGUCAAGCUUUGGGCCGCGAUUUCCAACCUUUGCCACCAGAUGUCGCGCCCCCGAUCUCUACACCGUUCGGUCCAGCCCUCCAGUAUCGUACCCACACCAUUGCUGUGAUCUGGGGGUUCUACUAUGCCAUUCGUCUUCUGCUGAAUCGGAUUCAUCCCUCCAUGCCACCGGCCAUCAUGAUGGCAGCUGGGGUAUCUGCCCCAACAACCGCUGGAUUUGCGCAGAUUAUUGGGAAGAUCCUGGCGGGUAUCUACUACCCACAACGCUUCAAUCUCGAAGCUGGAAGCUUGAGUCCGAAUUUGGGUUCUGGAUUGACCGACAUGACAGUACCGCUAUUCUUUGCAGCUGUGCAAUAUAUUGAUCCCACACAGCGAGCUUGGACGAUUUCAAAACUUCGCGACAUCUCUCGUCUGACUGGGUGGAAGAGUGCGGAUGCUAUUGCCGGUGGCUGUGAGAAAGCAUGGAUAGUCGCUGCAAAGCAGGGCCGUGGGCCACCCUAUCAACGGUCAUUUGAGACUGACCGAGAACGGGAACGAGAAGAACAAGAACAAGAGCGUGAGUCUGAGGCUGUGCUGAAGGAGGUUGAAGAUCGUCGGGACCCUGGACUCUCGCGAUCGAUACGAUCGAUACUCACGGGGACCCCCGUGCUCGAACGACCCCGCCAGGCCGAAGAGCGGUUUGAAGCACGCCUCCGUGACGAAGAUCGAUAUGGACCCCCUGCCCGCGCACUCGGGAGGCUCUAUGAGGAUGACCAUCUAGACCACCCACCCCCUGUCAUGUCUCUUGUGGCGCGUGACAGGAGUCGGCGCCGUGACGACAGUCCCUCAUUUCGACGUCCCCAACUACUUAGGCGGCAAUCUUCCUUGGACACUUUCGACCGUAUACCCCGGCGCAAGAUGGAGCACCUUGAUGACAGAGAUCGUGGCCCCCGCGCUCCCCGUGUGCCUGUCGUUGCUCCGCCUCGUCAUCAAUUCCCUCCGGGCCGUUUUCGCGAGCGAGAGGUGUAUGAGGAUAUUAGGAUCGCCGAGCCCGACUACUAUGGUGAUGAAGAGUUCAGAGAUAUUCGUGACCGAGACAUGGUUGAUCGCCGCCGCCGCUCUAGCAGUACUAUACGCAGACCUCAUGAGGAGAAGCCUUACCCACGUAAAGGAAAGACUCGUGUUCCUCGUCACCUUGCUCAUAUUCACGCCAUCAUGGAUCUAGGGUAUCCAUUCAAGGAAGAGGCGGAUGUGAUCGUCAUUCAAAAGGCAUUGUCGAAGGAACAGAUCGACGAAGUGCUCAGUUUGAGCCGCGAGUUCAGGCGGCCUUCACCCGUAGAAAUGGAAACUGAAUAUCUCCGCUUGUCCCCGUCUCCUCCACCAAGGGAACGGGCACGCGAACAGGUGACAGAGUACCUGCGUGUUGAGGCUUCUCCUCGUACCAGCCAGGCAUUCGUCGUGGAUGCAGCACCCUCCCGACACAGAUCGCAGUCGCGCCACCAUGUAGACCAGUACGAGGAGAUUGUAGAGAGGCCGCGAGCGCGGGGAGUCUCUCGACGACGAGCUGUAUCAGUCCAUGAUAGUGGACCUCAUCUCGCUCCUGUACAGUACAUCCAGGAGCGAGAAUCUGACGCGGUUCGGGCGGGUCAGAUGGUUGUCAUUCGUCCACGGGAGAGCGAUCACGACGUGAGUGAUUAUAUUCGCGAGCUAGAAGAGGAGACAAGACUUCUUCGUCUGGAGAGGCAGGGUGGAAUUGAGAUCACCCAGAGACGCGAGACAGAUAUCAUUGAUGAUAGAGGCAAUCAUGAGGAGAUUACUGAGACCCGGAGGCAGGAGCGUUCAGAACCCAACUCUCGCAUCAUGCGUGCUAUGAUGGCAACUCUGACCUAA